AUGGCUGCAAUGUAUUUGUGCUCUUGUGUUUUAUUGAUUUUAUCUGUGCUUUUUCAUGUUUUAUUCCAUCAAACUAUCAACUAUGGUGAACAUAAUGCUAUAUUCGAUCAAAUCGAGAGUCCUGGAAGUUGGCACAAACGUUAUUUCUUAUGCAAGGACGGCGGACAUUAUCCAUCACGACCAUUAUAUGCCUGGACAAAACACGGCUAUAUCUGUUACAUUCUUCCACAGAAAGACCUUACAAUCUAUGUGGAUGUUGAGCUAAAUCCAGGGCCUAUCAGAUCGUUUAAUAACUGUCAGAAUAUUUCGGGGCAGACCAGUGUAUUACAUAGUCAGAACUGCUAUCGAAAUGCUGACAUUACAACAACAACAACAACUGGGUCUGGGCGUCAUAUGUAUGACAAUAUAUUAUUACAAUUGUCGCAUUUGCCGGCGAACAGUUUGUGUUUCUACAAUAAUCGUAUUCCGGCUGGAGCCGCUUUAGGGUGGCCAUAUGUUUGCAAAACUAAUCGAAGCUAUCGUGGUAAGAGAAGUGGGAAAAAAGUAAAGCAGAGGGAAGCCUCGAAGUAUUUUAAUAUACAAGUUAUCAGUAAUUCACCUAUGGUACAAAGGUCAAAGCAAUUUGCAUAUAAUUCCACGCGAAAUUAUUAUUGUAAUAAUCUCGUACAAAUUCCUCUGGAAUCUAAUGUUUCAAAUUGCGGACCUCGUUUACGGUUUGCGGUAUGGAAUGCACGUUCAAUUAAAAACAAAAUAACUUCGCUAUGUGACCUUGUUAUCUCUGAACGUUUGGAUAUAUUAGCUUUAACUGAAACGUGGUUGACAGGCAGCGAUAGUUUUGUUAUUGCUGAUCUCACAAACACUUUGCAAGACCAUGAUAUUUACCACUUGCCAAGGACAAACAGGGGUGGUGAAGUAGCAGUCUUGUACGCAGAGGUCUUACCAUAA